UUUGGUUAGCAGUGUCGUCGAAUGGCAGAGGAACUAGCGGCGCCGCCGCAAUCGACAGGUCGAACGAUGCACCUUGACAUCCCCAAGGCGCAUGCGGCGAAUAUAUGCGUUGAAAUGCCGAUGCUGUUCAAGGAAGGUGCCGAUGUGACGGCGUACUUUGGUGGAACUGCCAACUUGCAGACGAUUCAGAACACCAAGACCCCGUUCCUUCCCGUGAAGUUGCGUCCACGGGAGCCGAAUGCAAAGCCCAUCUUUGCCGAUCGUGCCAAGACGCAGACGUUUCUCCUCCAUGUGACAAAGAAGAAGCGAUCCCAUGGCGAGCUGACGGGAAAGAUCGCAACGGUCACGAGUGAGAAGUUUGUGUGCGAAGGCAUGGUGGACUACCAGUACCUGGCAGCAAACCAGUACACAGAGUGCUGCGCGAGUGGACCUCUCGACGUCCGUCUACGCACGUACCUUCAAGCGACCACCCAGGACGACCUGGAACUCAUUCCCGAAGUGUUUUCAAGGGUCGAUUUGCCAUUGAAAUACGAGUUCAAGCAGCGCCCACAAUACAAUGAGUCGCAAGCCCCGUCGAGUGAGCUAAAGCAAGUCCCAAGGCACUUCUUCACGUAUGCCAACUUUCGAUCGAACGCACCAGUUCCGCAGGAAGUCCAGCGGAUGCCAAAAACACGAGGCAUUCCAAAGCAAAUGGAGGACCAUAUCAUGAAUUUGCUCCAUGAAAAAUUGGCGGAGCGGCCGAUUUGGAUGCGCCCGAAGCUAUUUGAGUUUUUCACGUCGGAAGAAAGCCGCGUCGCACUGAAAUUCCUGCCAUACUUGUGCUACAUUUUCGUGAAUGGUCCAUGGCGAGGCAUGUGGAUUCGACUGGGCUACGAUCCACGGACGACGCCGUCGGCAGCGCCGUAUCAGCUCGUUGAAAUCCGAGGAACUCGACGCCUCAUGAGCGAGUCGAUGACGUCCCUGCUACCCAAAUCCAAAAAGUCGCAUCGCCGGAUGCCGUAUCGAUCCCGUCUGAACAUGGUAUUCCAAGUCAACGAUGCCGAAGACAAGGUCGCGAUGCACCUGAAGAAGAAAAAAGCGCACAACCGGUCCCAAGCCACCGUCAAGGCAACCACGGGCGACGACCGGCCGAAUGCAACCUUGGUUAUCUAUGGCGUGCCACUUCGCGAAGGCUUCUUCUACGUCCAACUGUGCGACCUCAUUGCUCAAAACCCAGCGGUCAAAGAGCUGGUUGCUCCGUUUUCAAAGCGGUACGUGCUGGAGAAUCGACACCUCUCAUGACGGCGCCACCGAUUCGGGCGUAGGCUUCGGUCGUCCGCGAGCGUGUGGGGUGGGUGGUACCCCAUGUGCAUGUUUCCACCAAUUCGGGAAAUGCUCAAAUUGCACAUUGUGACCACGGUCGGCCGCCCGGCCGACGAAAUCAGGAUGCGCCAGGCCCAGAUUGACCGCGCGGUGCGCAAUGCGCUCGAGGAACUGGAGAGCCGAGGGGAUGCCGACAGCGAAGAAGACAAGGACAAACCACGUUCGAAAGACCCCGAAGACGAGUCGAAAGCGGACGACGAUGCGACCAACGACGGCGAUGAGGACGACGAAGCGUCGGGCGACGAGCAGGGCAAUGCGACGGAAGAUGAAAAUGAAGAUGAUGGGACCGACGAGAACGGGGACGACGACGAUACAGCUUCCAUUGUGGACUCGGUGCUAAUUUGAAGAAACUCUCUUGCAGCAGCGAUAGCAACUCGUUGAAUGUUCAGCUCGUUCUCGGUCGUGCAGUUCGUUCCAAGUCGCGAGGCUGCGACUGCCAUCGAUAUAUCGCGCCAAAAGCCGUCACGUUCUCAUGCACCCAUGCCGUUGUCGCUGCCACUGCAGAGUCCAUUGCACACCUCCGCGACUCUCGAUUCAUCA